GGGUGUCAUGAGAACACAGCACUCAGAAAUUUCUACAUGCGGCGGGUCUGAGACGGACCGGUGAGCAAACCUCUGGACCUGACAGUGCUGCAGUCAUGGGUGAGUGGGAUUUCAUCAGUGGAUUCUUCGAUGCCCUCCAGACACGCUCGCCGAUGCUGGGUCGUUUCUGGCUCUUCCUCGUGUUGGUGUUUAGGAUAGUUAUCUUGGAAACCGUGGCCAGUGACAUGUUUGAGGAUGAGCAGGAGGAAUUUACCUGUAACACCCUCCAGCCAGGAUGUAAGCAGGUGUGUUAUGAUGAGGCUUUCCCCAUCUCCCAGUACAGAUUCUGGGUGUUUCAUAUAGUCCUCAUCGCUACACCUUCUCUGCUUUACCUCAUAUAUGCAACACAUCAGCAUCACAAGAGAGCCAACCGCUCCUCGUCGAGGAAAAAGACCAGCAGGGAGAACAGAGAAGAAAAAACUUUAAGGGCGCUCUACAUUAUCACUCUGAUCUUCCGGAUAGUGGCAGAAAUCGGCUUCUUAUUUGUCCAGUGGCAUCUCUACGGCUUCAAGGUGGAGGCCCAGUUUCCAUGUAGUCGUUCUCCCUGCCCCCUAACAGUGGAGUGCUACACUUCUCGGCCUGCAGAGAAAACAAUCUUCCUCCUCUUCUACUUUGCUGUAGGGGUGAUAUCAGCAUUUUCCAGCAUUGUGGAGCUUCUCUACAGCUCUAGGAAGUGGUUUUACUCAAAUCAAAAGCACUUAGAACUACAUGAGCGCUGUGACUGCGAGAACCUCCACAACCACCAGCAAGAGAAGACAGAGGAGAAACCAGGAGAAAAGACAAGCAGUGUGCAAGUGAAGAAGGAAGCAUUGAGAAGCAGCUCCAGUCGAAAGGCCUCCAACACUGAGCACACGACCAAGAGUCCAAGAGGAAAAUAUGUGAGUGGCUCGAGGCUUACAGUGUGAGAGGACUGAAUCACACAUGCUGCUAUCACAGCAUCCUCUCAUUCUAUUAUAAAUUUGUGACAACAUUUCUAAUUCCUUCGUGCUGCUUCGCUUAAAAAUUAAAUGAUGAAGAAUUUCACAGUUAAGGAGUUUUUCCAUGGAACAUAUCACAAGGAAAUGCUUAAGAUCAGGAAACGAGCAAAUGCAACAAAAUGAUAAGACAAAUGCGAGGCAUUGUUGACUUGUUGACACUGUUCUGGUAAAUGAUAAAAUGCUGUAAACAGUUCAAGGAGGAAACAUUUUCUGGAUUACACUUGAUAAACUUGUUUAACGCUGGUUUUUUGAACCUGUUGCCCUUUUGUAGCUGGUCAGAGGCAGGAACUCUGACCCAGCAGAAGAUUUAGCUUGUACUGACAGGAAAAUAAAAGCACAGAAACCUUU